AUGUAAAAAUCGCCUUUGAAUUGUCUGAAAGAACUAAAAGAAGCCCAGCGAGGCAGAACGAUGCAAAGCUAGGGUUUAACCGUUUAAGACACACUUGAAGUCAUGGUGGCAGGAUUAAGGGUUUUCACAGAGCGGUCGAACGAUGGCGCAGCCGGUGCACCUAUUCUCGAUACCGACAACGGCGAGGAGCUUAUGCACGUUCAGCCAUCCGUCUCCAUUGUUCUCGGCAACCGCCCUCCCGAGUCUCCUGGCACGCUUUACAUCUCCACCAAACAAGUGGUAUGGUUGAGCGAUACAGAGAGGACAAAAGGCUACGCGGUUGAUUUCUUGUCGGUUUCGCUUCAUGCGGUGUCUCGGGACCCCGAGGCCUUUUCAUCUCCAUGCAUAUAUACACAGAUUGAUACAGGAGAUGAAGAUGAUGAAUCAGAAAGCUCUGACUCCGAAUCUAAUGGGACAUUGGAUUUAUCAAAGAUUACUGAGAUGAGGCUGGUGCCUUCGGACCCUAAUCAAUUGGAUACUCUUUUCGAGGUUUUUUGUGAGUGUGCGGAGCUAAACCCUGAACCUGUUGUUGAAGCUCUUUUUUCAGAGGAUGAGCAAGAGCACAAUUGGAUAUUCAGUGCUGAUCAGUUGGGACCUGCAAUGGGUAUAGAUGGAGUUGAUCUAGAAUGGGAUUCUUCACCGACCGGUUUCAGCACAAUUGGUCAUCCGAAUGGAGAUCAUGACCUAGCACGCAAUGUGCUCGAGCUUCAAAUAAAUGACCAACGGUUCGAGGACGCCGAAGAAAUGGAGAGGGACAACAGCAAUGGUCGGCACUGAUAGUCAUAUAUCUUUCAUUCCAUUGUUACAUGCUCGAUAUUAAAUCUGAGAUGAGGUCUUUUAACGAGAUUCGAGACCAUCAAGUUUGGAAAAAUGUCGUUUUUUCGUGUUAGCUUGUAGUUUACAUCUAAAGCUUUGUGAGAGUUUUUAGCAACUUCUGGUACUUUGAGGUUUGAUGUUUUUAAAAACUUGAUACAGAAUAUAGUUUUUAAGAUUCUGUUAUUGUGCAAAAUGAUAUUUGCGAUGUGCGCUGAUGG